AUGAGCAGGCGAGACUCACGCCUUUCCCUUAAUGUCCGUCAGAACGAUGCUCUCAGUGAAUUUGAAAAUUGUAUGUCAUUCAUGUCGCCCUGGAAGAAAUUCCUGCUUGCCAAUAAGCACAUCACCAAACUUAAUUCGACUCUCAGCGUCCGUAUCGAAGAGCUUAACGCUCAAAUAUCCACCCUAUACGUCGAGAACCUCCGAUUACGAGCAUCCGAGAUUGCGCUCGCGGCACAACUGAAGAAAGAGCAGGAAAAGUCGAGGAAAAUAAUGGCUGAUGCUGAUGCUGCGACUGCUAAUUUGGUCAAACAUCUGACUUUUUUGCGGCAGUCAUUUGGUAUUGCUCCCGGGGUAGCUUCUCCCGCCAAAGAAGCCAGACCAGCAACUAGAGCUCGUCGACCGUUCGUAGAUCCCAAUGCGUCGCCACAAAUGCCCAAGCUUUCGCGUGCGCCCAACGUACCAGGCAUAUACGAAGACGAAGAAUUUACCUCUUCUCCGGAAGGAGAUGAAGAGGAGGCAGAACAUAUACCUAGUCCUACUAUUCGGCGAAAAACCAAGUCAAGACUUGCAGCAUCCCGCCUGCCAUUACCUGCCCGGGUUUCCUCGCCUCCGCCACUACCAACGCCACCGCAAGCUCCUGCAGAGGAACGAGGGUCGUCAAGCAAGAGGAAAACAGGGAGGAGGGAGAGCGGGCUUCUAAAUGUAAGUACGGAUGGUGGUGAUGGGAUAACUCCGCCGAGAGCUGCUAGUCCCGCCUUCGGGUCUCCUGCUCGUAGGGAGGCUGGUUUAGCUGAGGACGACGAGGAACGAGAAGCUGUCAGGAAAUCGAGACUACCACCGGCUCAGGAUGAUGAUUUGGACUACAUACCACCAACAAAGAAAGAGAGGGAGAAAAAGAUGAAGCAGAUUGAACGAGAGCUACCAUCAGAAGAGGGUGAGGCCACUACUUCCUCACGAGUGCAGGAGAGGAAACGACGAAGACACGAGGACCACUCGGGCCUCAAGGAUGUCACAAACUCACCGAGAAGCCGUGCUAUGUUACCACCGUUAGAUACUAAUGCAUCAGAUCGGGAUCGACAGCACACGCCUGAUACGGAUGGAACAACGCCAAUAUCCGCAGUCACCUCGUUGGCAACAACCCGGAGCUUUUUGUCUACGCCAGCCACCACCCCUCCUCCAACGAUAUCUCAGAUCUCGCAGUUACCGACACCUCGAACAUCUUCUAGUCCAGUCCCUCCGCCAUGUGCUUCUACUUCUGAAGAAGCCCCUGUGGGAGGGCGCGAACGUCGUACACGGAAAAGUGUCAACUACGCUGAGCCCAAGCUCAACACGAAAAUGCGGAAACCUGAUGGUCCACCGAUGCAGCCUACAGCUGCUCUAGGGCUGAAGAAGAGAUCGUCCACAACUAGUGUUCAAAAUGAUGAUCCUGAGCGCAGACCGUCCUCAGAAGGCUCUUCACAGUCUAAGACUUCAAUCCCUGUUGCUCGUUCUUCGUCCGGCACGACGAGUUCGUCAUCCUCAGCUACCACAAAUACUGCUGUGAAAAGGAAGAAGUCACGCCCUCACGUCGAAGUAGACGACGACGAAAGCGAAGGCGCCCAAGCUGAUGCCGAAUACGGAAACAUCAAUGGUUGGGUCAACGUUGAGGGGCGUCGACGGAGUGCACAUCAUAGUGCCGUCCGUCGUGCACUUGAAGCUGAUGACGGCAGACGGCAUAGCCUGGCCGUGUGA